GGAAUCUUUAAAAUAUAUGCUGUUCCGGUCAAGUGGACGUGAGAACUCCAUUGUAGUGUUGACUACCACAGAAGUUUAUCGAAAAAGCCAACUCGAUAAAUUUCGUGCCAAAUACUCCAAGAAACGUUAGAAUGAGUCACACCGCCUUUCUACUGUAAAAAAAGAGGAUUAAUAAAAAUAAGGCUGUAUGAGCAUUACUCCCUUUGCUUUUCUUGGAAAGAGAGAAUCUUAUAAAAAAUAAAGUCACGGUACUGUCAAAUUUGACGUAAGUUCGUGAAACGUAACGUCGCCUCAAUCAAAUCAAUUUAUUUUGAUUAAAAUGAUAAUGAAACGAUAACGGGCAUUUAUUUCGUAGCUUAGAAUUAAAUUGUAACAGUGAACCUAAUCUCUAGAGUACAUACUUGUCUAAAAAUCUCAUUUUAACCUUUCUGUAUCGAACACCGAAUGCGAUCAAAAUAACGCACAGCAAGCAACAAUGUUUUCACGUUUUGUCGUAUCGCAAGUGAAGCACAAUUCUUACUUCCUGGUGGGUGUGGUGUUGGGGUUAUGGCUGGCAUUGGUGGCAGUGCCGUUCGAGGAGGCCCCAGUGGCGUGUCCAGCUACCGAAGCGCCCGCCCCUGACGAGUAUGAACCUCACCGAGAGGCCCGGCCGUUAGGGCCCGCAGGUCCCGUUGCAGGGCGUAGUGUACAGCGUCCUAGGUACUACAUCACUGAACUGGGCAUGAGAGGGUCUCUUAUGUCUGGAGUGCUGUCUUCAGAAGAAGCAUUAUCAACUCGCACGGCAGCGCUCAACGCCACAGCAUCCAGACUGCAGCCGCUGCGCGUGUUCAUAGCGGCGGCCGCGGGCGCCGUGCCCCCUCGACCGAACGUCGUCGGAUUCACGGACACUCGCGAAAUGCUCAAACCGUUCCACGCCCUCAAGUACCUCGCUGACAACUGCCUGGAAGAAUAUGACUUCUUCUUCCUGGUGUCGGACACUUCGUUUGUGAAUGCGAGACGGCUGCGUGAUCUCGUCAGUAAGCUGAGUGUUAGCCAGGAUGUGUAUAUGGGGACUGUGGCUGAAGAUGACAGUCAUUACUGCACUCUGGAGGGCGGCAUCCUCCUGUCCAACUCCGUGCUGCGCGCGGUGCACGGCCAGCUGGACUGGUGCGUCCGCAACUCGUACUCGGCGCACCACCACGAGAACAUCGGCCGCUGCGUGCUGCACGCCGCGCAGCAGCGGUGCCGCGCCGCCCUGCAGGGCGAGACGUACACCUCGAUCCGCCUGUCUUCCCCGGAGCAGAUCCCCCCGACGCUGGCGGACGCAGUGACGGUUUACCCGGUCCAUGAGCCGGCCCACUUCUACCGCCUGCACGCCGCGGCGGCGCGCAGGCUGUUACAGAGGGCUGCCGCCACAGCUGCCGGCCUGAGGCGGCAGAUGGCGGCGCUGAGGCCCAACCAUCCGCCCGGGUUCGCUAACACCUCGUGGCCUGCGGGCUUGAGGGCCGAUCCGGGACUGGCUCCGCCUACACCGGAAAACAGGUUCGAGCACCUGCGCUGGACGUUGUUCAACGCGUCGCACUCGUUCAUGCCGGACGAUCACCGCGCCAUCGCGCCGCUCAAGGGGUCUAUGAAGGAAGCCGUACAGUUGGUCCUCCGCGAGAGCAUCGCGUGGGCGUCGCGUCGCUGGGGCGUGGAGUAUGAGGACGUGAGGCUGGUGGAGGGCGCCAGUCGGUGGGAGCCGGCCCUGGGGCUGCGGUACAGGCUGCUGCUGCGGGCCAGGCAGCGAGUGAUGCAGCUGGAGGUGAUAAUUCGCACUCAGAACACCAACGACACCACAGUUUCCACGUUAAGAGACCAAUUAUCAUCAGUGGUGGGCCAGCAAGCCCACAUCGUGGAGAUAUCCGAACGGGCGGAUAUAUCCGGGCCGCUGCGGAUACACGCGGACAAUCAGAGGCGGGCUCUAUUGGCUGCCUUGAAGCAUCCCGCGGUCACCAGCGACGCUUUAGUGGUGUUGUUGCCGAGCCAUGCGGAUUACAACCAGGAGUUCCUCAAUAGGGCUCGCAUGAACACAAUCUCUGGCUGGCAGUGGUUCUGGGCUGUGGGAUUCGCGCGCUACUCGCUGCAUCCCUCCCCUGCCCCUCCCUCCGCCCCCUCCCCCUCCCCCUCCCCUCUACCUACCCCUACCCCUCAUCAUCAUACGGGCCGAUUUGCGCCAGUCUUAACCGACGCGUUGGCAUUCUACAGGACUGACUUUGAGAACGCGUUGUCAUCGUGGGGCCCCUCGGUGGAGGGCAGCGUGGCCCAGAUCCUGGGUGCGUCCCCGCUGCGCUGCGUGCGCGCGCCCGAGCCGGCCCUGGUGCUGGCGCCGCGCCCCCCCCCCCUGCGGCCGCCCUGCCCCCCCUCUCGCGACCUCCCCGUCUCCCUCCCCCUCACCCGCCCCCGCGUGUCUGCGCGACCAUCGAGACGAACACUUCGCUCAUCUGCAGUUAGGCGACAGGCAUUCGCUGGCCAAAUUACUGCUAGAGCAGAGGUCCGCCUCCGCCGCGUAAAUUGUGUUAAUUAAUAAUAAAUAUUUUGUACUAGAUU